AAAAGUUUAUCCCGCGGACGUGAGGCGGGCCAAUGCCCAAGGAACCAAACUUUGAGAUACCUUGGUAGCUUCUGCUUCAAUCUUCAUGACAACUGCACUUCAGCCAGCCUACUUCUUUCAAGACUUGACGGGAGAUCAAAGAUACUACACACGGUCAAGGCUUAUGGCCACAGCAUUGUGGUCAAGGCUUCUUCUGGUCAGAGCUCAUGGUCAGAGCUUACCGGCGUCAGUCUAAUGCUCAAAAGGCAAGCUCAACCCGUGUCUAAACUUCAAAUGGUCAGGUCAGGUCAGGGUCGAAUAUCCCGGACUUCAAGCGACACUCUCCGAUCGACUGACUCGAUCUGCGUUGUUUUCUUUCUUUCUUUUUUUUUUUUUUUUUUACAAAAUUUCGCCAGUCUGGUGUCCACUACUGCCCUGAGCAUGUCCAGUGGGAAAGCAGAUCAUGAUCAUCCCUCUCCGGACCAUUGCGGGAUAUCCCGUUCCUCCAUUUCACGCCUUGGAAGUUUGGAUCUGGCGGAUCCUCGGCCUUCCUCCGUCGGGUUGAUUUGGGAAGAUAAGACUCAAGAGUCAACAACUGCAUGGUGCACGCUGCCAUGUACGGCAUAUGCGUUGAUCUCUUAUGCCGAGCAUCUUCAGUUUCAGCUCGGCGGAUACACACCGUGGUCCAUGGUUCUCGUAUAGCUGUGAGCAAAGCUAGUCGAUCUAGGAUUCUCGGUACGUAAGCAUACAAGCUAUCUUGGGUCGACAGUGGCAAAUAUGAGUAGCAGGAUCAGAUAACAAUUCUGCUGUCAAUUCAUAUCCACGGUCCUCC